CAAGCGGGAAAUGGGAUGAGAGAGGGUUAGAGGAGCUGAUGCGGGGAAAUCUCUGAAGAUAACAAUACAGAGAAAAACAGAAAGAUCAGGGCAAGUAGGGGAAUUGGAAAAUAGGGGAAGCUGUAGGAGAGCAUCAUCUCUGUUAAAGUACAGUGCAUUCGACUCUGAAAAGAACAGUAAUAGCUGAAUUCAUAGCACUUUCCUGAAGAAUAACUUGGAGGGGGCAAAAUCUGCGAGAUAGAGGCAGGGGACAUACAAUAUUAGGAGGCUCAGAGAAAAGGCGGGAUGGAGGUUUGGGGAACAAGGGGUCAAGAUUGGAAGGAGGAUAGGAUGCCUGGAUCAGGGACAGGAAGGGGAGGAGGGGGAGUGGAGAAAGCAGAAGAAAGGGGGGUAAAGAGGAGAGAGAUGGGGACAACAGGACCAAAGGGCCCCUAAUCUUUAGCCUCUCCUCCCUCACCCUCACUCUCCGCCCCUUCCUUCCUGUCCCACAAGUUUUAACUUCUCCCCCAACCAGACCACCUCAGAAACCGGUUUCACGGGGAGAUGGGGACUGAACCACUGGAACAGGUCACCUGGUCUACCCUCUACUCUGGGGAUAGUGAUGAUGUGUACCCUUCAGUGACUCUACCAGAACUAUGCCAUAAGGCUGAUGUCCAGUCUUUCAGCAGGGCGUUUCAGCCAAGUAUCUCUCUCACAGUAGCCGCCUUUGGCCUGGCGGGAAAUGGCCUUGUCUUGGCCACCCACCUCGCUGCCCACCGAGCAGCCCGCUCACCAACCUCAGCUCAUUUACUCCAGCUGGCCUUGGCAGACCUACUUCUGGCAUUGACCUUGCCCUUCGCAGCAGCCGGAGCUCUGCAGGGAUGGACGCUGGGCAGUAUUCUCUGCCGAACAGUCUCAGGACUCUACUCCGCCUCCUUCCAUGCAGGCUUCCUCUUCUUGGCUAGCAUAAGUGCUGAUCGCUACGUGGCCAUAGCUCAGGCUUCCCCAGGGGGCCACAGGCCCCCAGCUCCUGGGAGGACCCAUGUGGUCUCCGCAGCAAUCUGGCUGCUUUCCCUGCUCCUGGCGCUGCCCUCUCUCCUCUAUGGCCAAGAUGGGCAGAGAGAUGGGCAAAGGCGAUGCCGACUGGUAUUUCCUGAGGGUCUGACCCAGGCAGUCAAGGGGGCCAGCGCCGUAGCUCAGGUGAUCCUGGGCUUUGCGCUGCCCCUCGCAGUCAUGGUGGCCUGUUACGCCCUGUUGGGACGGACACUGUUAGCCGCCAGAGGGCCAGAACGUCGCCGAGCCCUGCGUGUUGUGGUGGCCUUGGUGGUGGCUUUCGUGGUCCUACAGUUACCCUACAGCCUAGCCUUGUUGCUGGACACCACAGACCUGCUGACUGCCAGAGAGAGAAGUUGUUCAGCUAGCAAGCGCAAGGAUAUGGCACUGUUGGUGACCGGUGGUCUGGCCCUGGCUCGUUGUGGCCUCAAUCCUGUACUUUACGCCUUCCUAGGGCUUCGCUUUCGCCAGGAUCUCAGGAGAUUGCUUCGAGGUGGGUGUUUCCGACACAGAUUCAGUCAACGAGGCCGCUGUCCUCGCCGACCCCGUCUUUCUUCAUGCUCAGCUCCCACCGAGACCCACAGCCUCUCGUUUUAGUGGACUCUUGUUCCUGAGGAACUGGGAAUGUAUAUAUAUAUAAUAUACAUACAUAAAUAUAUGUUUGGAGAAUAAGGCAGGAGAUUGGAUGGGACUGGGGAAAGGAAGAUGACACAGGAGAGGAUUGGGAGACAGGAAGGCAAUUUCUUCUGUUUGUUUCGAGAUUAAAAUUAAAAUUCAAACGUGAUUUAGCGCAAGAUUACCUGAAAAUUAGAUGCAAUCAACAACUGUUAGGGUUUUCAUUGA